CAUAUGCUUGUCUAAUGAUGUGUUGAUAUAGCUCAUAUGCUUAUCUAUGGAAGUGUUGAAAGUGUUGAUACAGCUCAUAUGCUUAUCUAUUGAUGUGUUGAUAUAGCUCGUAUGCUUAUCUGUUGAGGUGAUUGCUACAGCUUGUAGGCUUAUCUAUUGUAAAGUGGGAAGAUAUUUAAUAUGAGUUAUUGUCGCAUUUAAAGUGAUUGGCCAGGUUCUGAGCCGUGGUUAUGAAUUGGGAAUGGGAUAAGAAAUGGAAGGUGAAAAGAUAACAUGUACACCAUGGUCAUGUAAUGAAAAUGGUUUAUGAAUUGGUUUAUGUGAGUUAACAUUUAUCAAUUGCUAAUGUCUUAGUUAAUGCUCAUAUUGUGUUUAGCAUAUCUCUACUGGGCGUUGGUUCACCCUGUAUGGGACAUUAUUUUCAGGUACAGGUAGCAUGCCACCUCCAAGGACAUAGCUUGGAUGAUUAUGGGAGUCAAAGACUCUUUUUAAUUCUUUUGUUUGUAUUACAUGUAUAUCAAGCCAAGGGCUUAUUUUGUAUAGAGUUAGUACUCUUCUUUUUUGUAACCAAGUGUUGACUUGGAAAGCGGUAAGCCCUUAGGACAUUUGCUUUUGUGGUUAACAUGUAAUACUGUUGUAAGAAUUAUCCUGAUGAAUGGAAAUGUGCUAGUUUCUCUUAUAUCAUUACAUGUAUCAAGUGACGGGUUUUAUGUAUUUUUUUUGAGGACGUUACAAAAAUGCUUGGAGGUUCGUGGUGAAAUUCAUGAAGCCCAUGAAAUAGUUUUGCAAAGCUCAUCUGUGCUGGUCGGCAGAAAUGCAUUUUCUACGCACUCUUCUGUUCACUCAGUUUCUUACUUUACUUGAUUGGGAAGGAUAUCCCCGGAGAUCCAUUAGCAGUUGAACGUGCAACAAUACUUUACAACAUUUGUUGGUUUACUUUAAAGAGCUACUUUUGCAAUGGUACCAAGUAUUCUUCAACAGCAUCUACACAUUUAUGUAUCCAUACAAUAUAUUUGGAUAUCAAACACAAGUCUGAUUGUGUUCCAUUAUUCCUUAUCUAUUAUAACUACUGCCCUUUCUUCUUUGAAUAUAUGAAUAUAUACAUCUAUAGCUAGGCAUAAAUUUGUUUUAAUAUUUUGUGUACCAAAAUGAUAUCGGAAGCUUGGUUUAUCUAAAUGAAAAAGAAAUGAUUUGUUUUGAUUCAGGAUUUUUUAAGUAGAGAAGUUGGCGAGUUUCUUAGUGGUUCUUUGGCAGGGGUUGUGACCAAAGCUGUUCUCGCUCCUUUUGAAACCAUCAGGUUUGCUUUGCUCCUUUUUUUAGCAAUUUCUUUUGCAUACCAUCCAGAAAGAAUGCACCUGCAUUCACUACUGCAUUUGAUAUUCUUCUUUACAUAUUUGUUCUAUUAGCAUUUCCAAAGCUUAUAUACCUUACAUGUUGAAUUGAAUCCUGUCAUUGUGGAGCUAUUUUCAACUGACUUGGGCUCUUAUCUGCUAUGUAACUACAACUUUCCUGGUUUCCAGGUGUUUUUAAGUCUUAACCUAGCUCAGUGUUACUUCUAUUUUUGAUAAUUAUGCUAAUCAUUAUGCUGUUUUAGAGCCUUAGAUGAAUUUGGCUGCUCCAUGCAACAUUUUCCAUGAACAGUCGGUUUCUUUUCUUUCCAUCAUUGUUCUAUUUUGCUUUUUAUUUCUCUCUACAAUGGCUUGUGUAUUGUUGACUGGUUUUUAUCAUCAUCGGAUGACUUCAGUUUCUACUACUAAUUCUCCUACAGCUGGAAGUUACAGUGAUCAUCGAUUUUUUAGGUAUGGUUAUAAUCGUCGUUGGAGUGAGGAUGAGAAAGGGAUGGGGAACAAUUUUACUCGGACCCAAAUUAGGGCUCACAAGAAGAGGAGGUUAAGUUUUUUGCCUCAGGCUUGUUUUGCUCUAGUGACGACAAGAAAUUCAACUCUGACCAAUUUUUAUCAAGAGGUGAUUGAGGCUGCAAGGGAAAGGUUCACUCGCGAAAUAUCCUUCCAGUCCAAGGACAAAGACAUCUCCCUUGCAAAAGUAAUUUUGUUUCUUGUUUGUUAUUUUUGUUUUGAGCUAAUGAUGGUUAGUCGGAGAAUGAUCGCUAACCCAACUUACUUUCUAUUUGUCCUAUGAAGAAAGGACUAUAAUUUGUUCCUGUUUCUUAGUUGUUUUAGUGUUAUUGGUAUUUUGACACACACCCUCCCAUUAGAAGGAUCAUACUCAAAACGUUGCUUCUUGAAUUAUUGUUAUUUUGUUUGUAAUAACAUUCUAUGAACUGCAGAUUUAUAUACUAUCUUCAGAUUUUGACUAGCAGUCAUGGGUAAUGUUCAUUGCUGAUGGAAAUAAAAUUAGAUGGCAAUAGCUAAUGGAAUUUUGGAAACGAUUGGGAAUUAAAAGUUAAACUUCAUUUUCUUAAUGGAAUAAAAUUUGAAAUGUAUAGUGUGCAAUUAUUAUAGAAUUGGAUAUUAACUGGCAACCAAUUAUGCUGCAUUAGUUAGUUUGAACUUCAUCUGAAACAUAGUUGUUUGGU